CCUCCGAGGGGCAGAGGAAGGGGGAGGAGGGGGAGGGGAGGGGGGCAGAGCCGGGGAGCCGCCGCCCCCGCCGCAGGCCGCCUCCCCGGGCGCCGGCGGGGAGAAUGACGGAGCUCCAGUCCGCCCUGCUACUGCGGAGACAGCUGGCAGAGCUCAACAAGAACCCAGUGGAAGGCUUUUCAGCAGGCUUAAUAGACGACAAUGAUCUCUAUCGAUGGGAAGUCCUUAUUAUUGGCCCUCCAGAUACCCUGUACGAAGGGGGCGUCUUCAAGGCUCACCUUACGUUCCCAAAGGACUAUCCACUCAGGCCACCAAAAAUGAAGUUUAUCACCGAAAUCUGGCAUCCAAACGUUGACAAAAACGGUGAUGUCUGUAUUUCCAUCCUGCACGAGCCCGGCGAAGACAAGUAUGGCUACGAGAAGCCGGAGGAGCGCUGGCUUCCCAUCCAUACUGUGGAAACCAUCAUGAUUAGUGUAAUUUCUAUGCUGGCGGACCCCAACGGCGACUCGCCCGCAAACGUCGAUGCGGCGAAAGAAUGGAGGGAAGAUAGAAACGGAGAAUUCAAAAGGAAAGUUGCCCGCUGUGUAAGAAAAAGCCAAGAGACUGCUUUCGAGUGACACUGACUUCAGCCGCUUUGUAGCUUCACUUUUUUUCAGGGUCUCCAACUGAGGAACACGGCACUGUUUCCCUGCACUCUCCCCACCUGAUGCCGGACUUGUGUUUCGACCGCGUUGGCAGACACUGGCUGGAACCGGGCCGCAAUAAAACCCGCCAGUGACCCAUGCUGACCAAGAGCCUGACCAGUGCCAACGAAGACGUGCACGUUUCGAGAACAUAAUGGACUGCUUUAACCUUCAGGAAGAAUUGUAAAGAUGUGUACAUAGCACAACAUGAUCCGGAUAAUAUAUAUACUGUUCAUGUACAUCCACAAAUACACAUUGUACCAAAUAAUACUGUCUUGUAGUUAGGUUAAGAAUCGUGUAAAUUCUAAAGAUUUUAGCAGGUUCUUUAAUUUUUAUUUCCCCUCCCCUUUUCAUGUUCUUCUCCCCCCCCCCGUCAUUCAUGGUUACUUCUUAUCAAUCUUUAAAAUUUUUCAUGAAGCAUGUUGGACGAAAACAAAUUAGGAUUUAAAAGUGGAUUUCCGUUCAACUUUCUCUCUCUCUCUCUCUUUAAUAAAGUUUGAAUACCUUGGUAAUUCUUUCCCUUUCCCCUCCUCCCUCUCUCUCUCUCUCUCUCAGCCUCCGUUUUAAUAAAAAACACUGAGAUCUCUUACUUGAUCCUAGCAAUGACUUGAGCGCUGUCGUCAGAGGUGCGUUGCUUCACCUCGCACCCGUGACUCAGCCGGGGCGCAGCUUUUGGUGUGGAUGUAGCAAUACAACCGGCGGCUGUGGGGUGCCCCUGAGCCUCGUAUCUCCUCCCCCCCGCCCCCCGGCCAAAGGGCUGAGAGCGUGUGUUUGCUUUGGAAUUGGUCAGCUUGAGUAAGUUAGCCCGAGAUAGGACAAACUGCUUUCAUUUUUUCUUUUUCUUUUUGGUUUUCUUGCUUGGUUUGGAUAAAUAAAAAGCAUGCAAAGCUGUUGCCUUUCAAGUGAGUGCUGGUUUUGCUAUCGAGAUGCUAUUUUUUUGCCCUUCCGUUUCCUCCCGUCCUCCUCUCCAUCUUGAUUUGCCUUUGGAUCUCCUGCCGAUUUUCCCCCCUCACUCAAUGUAUAAAGACAAAUGGCGAUGUAUAUUUUCAUGUAACUUGAUUUUGGAAUUCUGUCACCUUCUGUAGUGAGUUCUUCCAAAUUAUAAAUUUUUCCAAUA